AAGAAACCGACGUCCCUCUCUCUCUCUCUUUCCCCUCACCUCUUCUUCCUCUCUGCUUCUGAUCUCUCUCUCUCCUUCUCUCUCUCUCCCUGAUUAAACCUUCAUAAUCAGGGAGUUUUCGGAUUCUUUCGAUAUUAUUUUACAAGUCUUUUUGUCUUGUCUAGCUCGUUGCUGCCCUUUGGAAUCUCCCAAGCUUUCUCCUUUUAUGUUCUCAAGAGGGCUUAUGCAGCAAGCGAAAUGGGACAAAGAAAUAGAACAGUCGAUUUAGAAAUGGAGCAGCAGCACCAAUCUCAAGCCUCUCUUCAACCAGGGCCUUGCAUCCUUCUAGGCAGCUUUCCACAACAACAACAACCUGAUAAUAGUACUAACCUACCCGCAGUGGCUGCAAGCUUUCCUAAUUUAGAAGCUCCAACCUCCUAUGACAGCUCUGCAAUGUUCUACGGUCUUCCUCAGUACCAUCACCCUCAUCAACUUCAUCAGCCUGCUCCUCCUCCGACGAAUUACUAUGUUCCCUACCCGGCAUUUCAGGGUCCGCCAAGUCAGUUACCGUCCUCAAGCACUCACGGUGUAAGUUCUGAUCAUGAUUACGACAGGAAUGCUCACUUUAUGGAUCACACACGAGGUGCUUAUAAAAGAAAGAACGCCGAUGGAUUACACAUGAAUCCUCAGUAUUUAAGUACUUUAGCAGCUCCAUUCAAUAAUACACCUGAGACAAUAGCUCCUUUUGGAGCCCCAAGGAGCAGACCAGGAGCUGUUUCAAUGAACCCUGCUCUUCCUCCUCCUCAUGCUCCAAAUAGUUUCUUUCAAGGGAGCUAUCCUGGCCAUCAUCCUCUCCCACCUCCUGGCUCAAUCUGGUAUGACCAACACCAUGGAAGAUCUGAUGGUUCACCCUCGUUUUGGCCCCACCCACCUUACAUGCAUGGUAGUAACAUUGUCGCUGGUUCCAUAGAGUCUAGUAGUAGAAACCCUACAGCAUUCAUGUAUCCUCCCCAGUUAAGCCCGAGGGACCAUUAUUUUCACCCUCCACCUCCUCCUCCUCCUGUACAAGGAGUGAGAGGCCAGAGCGCCACAUUAUACCCUACCAUGGCUUCGUAUGGGUUUCCUCAUGGGAACUUUGCUUCCCAGAACACAAUCAACAGAGGUCCCUCGGGUUCAGAGAUGGGUCCAGUUCAACCAACCGGGUUUCGGAUAUACCAGCAUCAUCAGCGAGAUGAUUCUGUACCUUUAGCAGCGCUUAGACAACACCGUGGAGGAGUUCCUCGGUUUAGAAUGAUGCCUGAUGAUGAAGUUGCGAUACUGGAGUUUGGAGACUUCCUUGGUGGUUCUGGAAAUAACCACAUUGAUCAUCAUCGAGAUAUGCGUUUGGACAUCGAGGAAAUGUCUUAUGAGGAGCUCCUUGCUUUGAGCGAGCGAAUUGGAACAGUAAACACUGGUUUGCCAGAGGAAGAUGUUAAGAACCAUCUGAAAACAAGAACAUGUUCUGUAAUCAACCAUGCAGAAGAGUCCUCGUCGUCGUCCCCACAAACUAAAGACAGAGGAACAGAACCUUGCACAAUAUGUCAGGAAAGCUUCAAGAACGAAGAGAAGAUUGCAACUUUGGAUUGUGGGCACGAGUAUCAUGCAGAAUGCUUGGAGAAAUGGCUGGUUGUGAAGAACGUUUGCCCAAUCUGUAAAGCAGAGGCAUUGGUCAUGGAGAAGACAACUGUUUAAUAGGAAGAAAGAGUGGCUCCCUAAUCUUUUGGGUUUAUAUAUAUAUAUAUAUUUAUAUAAAAAAGGAAACUUAACAAGAAGAGAAGAAAACAAUAGUUUGGGUUUGUUUUCAGCUCCAAAAGAAUUCUGUAAAUUUGUACUCAUUUUUUGUUUGUGCACAUAUAAAUAUGUGUUAAUGGUGUCACUCUUUUUUUAUUUGGUUUCUUGGCUUAUGUGACACUGAAAAAAUGUACAGGCUAACUUGCUUUAUCUAGGGCUUUUUAUUCUUU